AUGUCUGAUAACGAACCCGUCGAGUCUGCUGCACCGGCUGAGGCUACUGAGGCCGAGCCGGAGACUGGUGCAGCGGAUGGCAGCAUCUAUGGCGAUGCGCCCGCGUCCGAAGCCACGCACUCGCAGGAUGGCGAGGCAAACGUGGACGGCCACGCGGAGACUGGCGACGAGGCUGCGGCUGCUACUGGCGACGAGGCUGCUCCCGCUUCUGGCUCUGAGGGGCCUGCUGCCGAAUCAGCUGAGCCCGAUGCGACCGAGGCUGCUGCUGAACCGGAGCCAGCUGCGGACGCAUCUGGCGAGAAGCCUUCCGAGGUCAAGGUCGACACCGAUGCAAAGAAGGGUCCGCCCACGCCUACUGUGAAGAAGAUCAUAAGCUCUGGCAAGUUUGGACCUACUACAAAGUCCGGACCCACCGCAACCAAGCCUUCCACCGCCACCGCGAAGCCCACAGCGCCCUCCGCUGCCUCUCCCAAGAAACCCGCCGCAUCGGUCACUGGUACUGCCGCAAAGGCUGGCUCAACCGCAACGAAACCUACGGCAGCAUCUGCAGCCCCGGUCGCACGUCGCGCUAGCAUGGCUCCUCCGGCAUCCAAGCCCAUGACAUCUGCGCGGGCCCCCGCUCUUGCAAGCUCGGUAUCGGCAAAGCCCGGCACGACGGCUGCCCCUCGGGUUGCGCCGGCAAGCGCACGCGUGCCGGCAAAGGCUCCCGCAACUGUCGGUGGUGCCACCCGACCGGCCGUCACAGCGUCCAAGGCGCCGUCGGCAGCUGCACGUCCGGCCGCGGCUUCGGCUGCCGCUAAGACAGCGAGCGGCGAUUCCGCCAAAGCUUCGGCACGCGGUGUCGUGAGCCCGACUGGGAGUGUUGCGUCCAGUAGCGCUGCUCCGCGCCCGCGUGCGAGCGUUAGCGAGGGAGUGCUCGGCACGAAGAAGGCCGGUGCUGCGACUCCGCGUGUCGCGAGUACGUCUGCUCGCCCGGUAGGCCGUACUCCUGGCGCAGGCAGCAUUUCUAGUAUCCGCGAGGUCAAGGAAGACAGCAAAGCGCUUGAAGCACUUCAGACGAAGUUGACUGAGGCUACUACUUCACUUGCAGAGAAGAGCGAGGCUCUGGCGGCAGCGGAGGUACAACUCGAAGCACUAAAGGUCAAGGCGGCUGAUAGCGAGGCACAAGCGACUGCUCUGUCUGCUAAAGUCGCCGAGCUUGAGGAGACCGUGAAACGUCUCGAGGCCGAGCUGACGACCGCGAAGGAGGCGGCUUCAUCCGCUGAAUCUGGCGCUGAUGCCGUGGAAGCUGUCAAGAGCGAGCUCGCCGCAGCCAAGGAGUCGAGCGCAGCCCAGGCCAGCCAGAUCGAGAAACUCCUCGAAGGAACGAAAUCGCUGGAGGACGCCGUGAACAUUGCCAAGACUGAACUCGAGACGCUACGCGCAUCAUCGGGCUCGAACGCGGAGCAGCUGGCCGCUUCUGCGGCCGUCGACCGCGAGGCUCUACUCAAAGCUCAGGCCGACCUUGCCACAAUCCAAGACGAGCUCACCAAACUCCAUGAAGCACACGCCGCUGCGCUGAAGGAGGCAUCCGACAAGCUCGCUCAGGCUGAAGAGCAGGCUGCCAGCGCGGAGAAACUCGCUGAGGAGGUCGAGGCGCUUAAGCGUGAGAAGGAGGAGAGUGCGAACAAACUGAGCGAGCUGGAGGUUGAGAUCCUCGAGCUGAAGGAGGCGGCGGAGAGCUACGACGACGAACGUAGUCAGGCAAAGACUAAGAUUGAGACGAUCGAGGCCGACAUCGCGCGUUUGGAGAAGCAGCUUGAGAACUCGCAGGCUGAGGCGGCCAAGCAAGGCGAGCUGCAUGCGCUUACGCUUGAGGAGUUGCGCGUCAUACAUGCCCAAGAGCGCGAGAAGGCGGAGGCGGAGCAGAGCGAGAUCAACACUCAGCUCGCGAGCGCUCAGGAGAGCGCGACCGAAUUGCAGAAGAAGGUCGAGGAGGCAGCACAGGCCGCGGAGGGCUCUGCUGCCAAGCACCUUGAAGCGCUCGAGGAGUUGGCCAAGUCGCAUCAGGCGCAUGUCGACGAACUCGCCAAGGAGCUUGCUAGGGUCAAUGCGGAGUUGGAGAGUCAAGAGGCGAAGUACGCCGAGAAGGUUGAGGGCGUCAAAGAGGAACAUGCAAAGUUGCUCGAGGAGGCAUUCAAGAAGGCCAGGGAUUCCGCCGUCGAUGAGCACAACGAGGAACUCCGCAAGCUUAAGGGCGACUCUGAUCAGGGCCUCAACAGAAUCUUAGAGCAGCACCAAGCUCAGCUCACCGAAAUGCAGAACACUCUCAAGACACAGGCGGCUGAUCAUAAGGCGGAACUCGCGAAGGCGCAGAAGUCUCUCCAACUCGAGCUGUCGGCAACGCAGCAGGAUCUUCAGAAAGCGAAGUCUUCUUUGGCAACCGCACAGUCCGAGAUCACGAACUUGCGCGCUCAACUCGACGCCGCAAAGGCCGAUGCAGAAGCUGCCGCGGCGUCAGCGCCCGCGGACCAAAGUGGCGAUGUUGCGCGCUUAUCCAAUCAGCUCGCGAACCUCCGGGACGAUCACUCCGGGCUCAUGGAGGUGUUCAACGCCACGAAGGAGAGUAUGCAAGAGAUGAGCCGUUCUCAUCAUGCAGAGCUCGAGUCCGCUGCGAAGGCGCGCGCGGAUGAGGUCACUGCUCUCAAAGCGACGCACGGGAAGGAGCUCGAAACGCUGACGCAGGAGAAAGAGGCGCUCGCGCGGGAGCUUAGCGACCGUGAGGGCGAGCUCGCAACUGUCAAAGCUGAGCUGGAGGCGGGCGCUUCUUCGGCCGCGUCGGAGCCGGCCAGCGCUAAGCGCCCUGGUGCGAACGGAACGUCCGGCGAGGACAACAUUCAGAAGCUGCAUGACGCGCAUAACCUGAGGAUCGGGGAUCUCGAGGCGAAACACGCACGCGCGCUUAAGAAGCUUGAGGAAGAUCUUGAGGCCGAGAAGGCGCGCGCUACGGAGUUGGAGGCUGACGUCGAGAGGAAGAAGCUGGAGUUGUCGUACCUGGAACAAGACUACGAGGAGAAGGAUGACAAUAUCACCAGGCUCGAAGAAGAAGUGGAGAGCCUCAAGGCCCAGCUCGCCGCCGCAACAUCCUAG